AGGUAGUCCAGGCGACUUUUCAGGAGUUCUUCAAGUGAAAACUUGUAUAUUCUUGAAGAUUAAAGACAGUAUCUUGCCAUAAUUUAUCGAUGUUUUCUUGCCUUUAUCGCUAAAUGUACCUAAGUUCUUACAUAGUGGCAUUGGUGAUCCACUGUUACUAGAUACGGAAGCCAGUUUAAAGAAAGCUUUUUCUAUUCCGUCCAGAACCAUUUGGACCAGGUGAACAUUGGAAGCGGCUUUUUCAACUUCGCUGAGAUCUUACUGUGAGUUCGUUGGUCCUUUUAUUUUCUCUUUCUAACAUGUCAGAAUAUGGCAAAAAAGUCUUACGACGCACUGUUUAAAAUUCUACUCAUUGGAGAUUCUGGUGUCGGCAAAACUUGCCUACUCGUUCGUUAUGUAGAAGAGUCCUUUGUACCAACCUUCAUUUCAACAAUAGGAAUCGAUUUUAAGAUCAAAACAAUUGAGUUAGAAGGAAAGAAAAUAAAGCUUCAGGUAAGCCGAAUCUUAGGGAUACCGAUUGAAUGAAGAUAUGGGAUACUGCAGGCCAGGAACGCUUUCAUACGAUUACUUCCUCUUACUAUCGUGGUGCUAUGGGUAUAAUGUUGAUAUACGAUAUUACCAGUCGCCAAACGUUUGAUAACAUCCAGACCUGGAUGAAUAGAACCUUUUCUUUAGCAUCAAAUGAGGUUGAGAAGUUGCUGAUUGCUAAUAAGUGUGACAUGGCGCAUAACCGAGUCGUAUCUUAUGAAGAGGGUUGGAGAAAAGCAGAGGAAUAUGGGAUUGGUUUUCUGGAAACAAGUGCAAAGUCAUCAACAAAUGUACACAAGGCCUUCGAGGAUUUAACUCGCGCCAUCCUCCAUAACAGCUCUAUACGUAGACAUGAGUCAUCUACGGUGACUCAGGUCCACCGGUUAGUCGAACCUCCAAAUUCCAUUUCUGGAACAUGCUGUAGUACAGGAUAGUCCUUCCAGUGAUUAUUUUUCUCACCGUUUUCCUUUCAAUAUUAACUUAUAGUAAUGCUUAUAAAUACAAUGUUACGAUUCAUCAUAAGAUCCAUAUUUUCGGCCGCCAAAAGACAUUCAGAGUUUUAGUUUCUGUCGUAAUCUUGGUUUAAUCUUUAUGUAGAGGUGCUUCUGUCAUACUCCAGAUCUACGAUUUUGCGUUCGGUUGUGAUGAUACACUUGCGCUAGCGUUGAAAUUUCUUGUUAUACAACACUAAAUGUUUUUUCACUCCAUAUGAAACCUACAAAGCCAAUUAGUCACCAUUUACUUUUUAAAUGUAAAUAUAUUUGGAUUCUUAUAUUUAACUUUUUGUCUGCAUAAAACCACUUAUCUAUGUCUCUCGGCUUCGAGUAUAUGUUUAGUUAUUUUGUUUCAUUUUGUGUUUAUUGGAAUUGUACUAAGAUUGCUUUUAUUUACUGACUUUCCCGUCCAUCAUUCCCUACCUUCACAAUCCACGUGGUGUAUAUGUUGAUUUUUGGGGGUUGUAAAAGUAAUAUUAAAAGAAUAAUUAAAGCCAAGUACUUAUAUAAUCUCACGGUUUAUCGUUUCUUAUACCUAGUUUAGCAUGUCGGUUAUAUAGGGUUACUGAUGUGUACAUAAUACUACAAAGUUUAUGAACUUUAGAACCAUAUCUAGUGCGAAUACAUAUACUGGUCUUAAUUUUCACAUCACAUCGUUACAUCAGUACAAAACUGAAAAGGAAAAAAUAUGGAAUUAAAAGUACUUGCGAUCCACACUUACCACUUUCUUCUAGUUACGUUUGAUGGUGUUGACGAAACCCUAAAAACAUUUUGUAUGAAGUUUACUGGCGAAAUGCUUGCAGUAUGACGAUAAGGCGUCUUUUGUCUCUGCCUCGAUAACUACCUAUUUUAUACCAUAAAAUUUGAAUGCGUGGAUUUGAGUUCCAAUCUACCUCAGUGUUAAGAUUGCAUGCACAACUUUUUACUGAUUGAUGCAGUUCAUAAUCAGGGAUAAAACGCCAUAAACUCGGUCGCUUAGUGGAUGUGAUAAGUAAGUCUGUCUAAAGUUAGUUUUAGUUUCGUUUGCUAUAUUCGUACAUAACUCAUUGGAGUCAAUUUUUUAUAUAUUGAAACCGGUGGUUGACUGUGU